CGGCCGCACGACGAACGAACUGUGGCGCUACGACGUCGCCAACAACACGUGGAGCAACGAGACGAGAGGUGGCGCCCCCUACGGGCUGAUGGGGCACACGGCGAACGUCGUCGACGAUCGCAUGGUCGUCAUCUUCGGACACAACCCGGUGUAUGGAUACGUGAACACCGUGCAGGAGUACUUCUUUGGGUGCGGGAGCUGGAUGACCCUUGACCCUCCCGACGCUGCGUUCAUGCGCGCGCCACGGUUUGGUCAUUCCGCCGUCGCGCACAACGGUAGCGUGUACAUAUUCGGUGGUUUCAACAGCGUGAUGAUGAACGAUAUGCUAGUGUACAGUCCAGGUGACUGCAGCCUGAAUGAGGAUGAAGAAAGCUGCAGGACGGCACGGGUGGGUGUGAAAUGUGUCUGGGUCGGCGGCAAAUGUCGUUAUCUAUCACAAGUACAGCAACUACCGGACAGCGCAUGCCCCAAGCCAGCAGCGAACCACGAGGCUAAGUGCAUGAGUCUACAGACGUGUCCCGGGUGUCUGGAGAACAGCUACGGAUGCGCGUGGUGCGCCGGCAUGUGCUACCCCGCAGGCAUCUGCGCUAACUCAUCCAUCACGGCGACGACCGAGCAGAACAAGUGCAAAGUGUUGGAGUGUUCUGGUGUUCAGUCAUGUUCAGAGUGUCAGUUGCACCCAGGCUGUGCUUGGUGUGACGACGCCAGCAACACGGGCAAAGGACGCUGCAUGCGAGGGGGAGCCACCGGUACUCUCGCAGACGCUGACCACAAUGAAGAAUGUCUAGCAGAAAACUGGCAUUUCAUAGGCUGCCCCGCGUGUCAGUGUAACGGACACAGCAUGUGUACUAACGACAGUGUGUGCAUCGACUGCGCCGUCCCCACCGAGGGAAAGCACUGUGACGUGUGUCAGUCCGGUUACUACGGCACUCCACUCAAUGGAGCAAACUGCACUGAGUGUGAGUGUAACGGUCAUGGAGAUCUGUGUGACAGGGUGUCUGGCAGAUGUUUCUGCACAACGAAGGGCAUUGUGGGACACACGUGCAACCGGUGCGACGAACCCAACAGCUACGACGGGGAUCCACUAGAUGGCGGCACGUGUUACUAUUUGCUAACGAUUGACUACCAGUUCACGUUUAAUCUCUCAAAACCUGAAGAUGCCCACUAUUCAGCUAUAAGCUUUCAGAAUUCCCCUCAGAAACCAGGGGAAGAUGUGGAGUUCUCAAUCACCUGCUCAGGAGAAGCCCGGGUCAAUAUCACGUGGAAAAAUGAUCUCAGCGAUGGAGAGAAUCCUAUUUAUGCGAACGCGUGUACAUUCUACGAGACGACGUUUAGUCAGCACAUGUUCAACUUUGGAGAGAAUAAUCUCACCUUUUACGUAUACGUCUACAACUUCACGACUCCAUUCUGGCUCAAGAUUGCAAUCUCACAGAAUAACCCGAUUGAUCUGCUACAAUUUUUCGCGAUAUUUUUCGGCUGCUUCUUGCUUCUGCUGCUCAUCGCGGCUGCUGUGUGGAGGUUGAAGCAGAGGUACGACAUGUACAGACGCAGACAGUCGAAGCAGGUAUACAACGUGUACCAGCGUAGACAGGUGAGUGGAGGGCGUGUCACGCGAGGGUGGGGGUGUACCGAGCGGUAG